AUGAGCAGCCCUGCAGCCCUGCCCUAUGUGGAGUCCACCGUAAAGACCUCAGCUGCCAGGCUGAGGAAUAAGCAGAACGGACACUGGAUUGGAGGAGUGACAGUGAUGUCACGGGUGUGGAGUGCCAGCCACGUGCUGGCUGCCAAGCAAAACAGCCAGGGCGAGUGUGUGUAUCAUCAGUGCCUGAGAAGGAAGGCCACCAAAAGAAACAUGAGCCAGCCCAGGCCCCGCUACGUGGUAGACAGAGCUGCGUACUCCCUCUCGCUCUUCGAUGAUGAGUUUGAGAAAAAGGGCCGCACCUACCCGGUGGGAGAGAAACUUCGCAACACCUUCAGACCUGCCCUCUUCUCCUCCAGGUGCUCCUCCACCAAGUUCAAAGCCAUUGUGUUUGGGCUGUUGCCUGUGCUCUCCUGGCUCCCCAAGUACAAGGUCAAAGACUACCUCAUCCCCGACUUGCUGGGUGGACUCAGUGGGGGUUGUAUACAGGUGCCACAAGGCAUGGCAUUUGCAUUGCUGGCCAACCUUCCUGCAGUCAAUGGCCUCUACUCCUCCUUCUUCCCCCUCCUGACCUACUUCUUCCUCGGGGGUAUACACCAGAUGGUGCCAGGUACCUUUGCCGUUAUCAGCAUCCUGGUGGGUAACAUCUGUCUGCAGCUGGCCCCGGAGUCGAAAUUCCAGAUCUUCAACAACGUCACCAAUGAGACCUACGUGGACACAGCAGCCAUGGAGGCAGAGAGGCUGCAUGUGUCAGCGACACUUGCCUGCCUGACUGCUGUCAUCCAGAUGGGCUUGGGCUUCAUGCAGUUUGGCUUUGUCGCCAUUUACCUCUCUGAGUCCUUCAUCCGGGGCUUCAUGACAGCCGCCGGCCUGCAGAUCCUGAUCUCGGUGCUCAAGUACAUCUUUGGUCUGACCAUCCCCUCCUACACAGGCCCAGGCUCCAUCGUUUUUACCUUCAUUGACAUUUGCAAAAACCUCCCCCACACCAACAUCGCCUCGCUCGUCUUCGCCCUGGUCAGCGCUGUCUUCCUGGUGCUGGUGAAGGAACUCAACGCUCGGUACAUGCACAAGAUCCACUUCCCCAUCCCUACGGAGAUGAUUGUGGUGGUGGUGGCAACAGCCAUCUCUGGGAGCUGCAAGAUGCCAAAAAAAUACCACAUGCAGAUCGUGGGAGAGAUCCAACAUGGGUUUCCCUCUCCAGUGGUGCCGGUGGUUUCACAGUGGAAGGACAUGGUGGGCACAGCCUUUUCCCUGGCAAUUGUGGGCUACGUCAUCAAUCUGGCUAUGGGCCGGACCCUUGCCAACAAGCACGGCUAUGACGUGGAUUCUAAUCAGGAGAUGAUCGCCCUGGGCUGCAGCAACUUCUUCGGCUCCUUUUUCAAGAUCCACGUCAUUUGCUGUGCCCUCUCUGUCACACUGGCCGUGGACGGGGCUGGAGGAAGGUCUCAGGUGGCAAGCUUGUGUGUGUCUCUGGUGGUGAUGAUCACCAUGCUGGUCCUGGGGUCCUAUCUGUACCCUCUCCCCAAGGCUGUGCUAGGAGCCCUGAUCGCUGUCAACCUCAAGAACUCCCUCAAGCAACUCAGUGACCCCUACUACCUGUGGAGGAAGAGCAAGCUGGACUGCUGUGUCUGGGUGGUCAGCUUCCUCUCCUCGUUCUUCCUGAGCCUGCCCUACGGCGUAGCAGUGGGUGUCGCCUUCUCCAUCCUGGUUGUGGUCUUCCAGACCCAGUUUCGCAAUGGCUCCACACUAGCCCAGGUCAUGGACACGGACAUCUAUGUGAACCCCAAGACCUACAACAGGGUCCAGGAAAUUGAGGGGGUUAAGAUUGUGACUUACUGCUCCCCGCUCUACUUUGCCAACUCGGAGAUCUUCAGGCAAAAGGUCAUUGCCAAGACAGGUAUGGACCCCCAGAAAAUAUUACUCGCCAAGCAGAAAUAUCUCCGGAAGCAGGAGAAGAGGACAGCGAUGCCCACACAGAAGAGGAAGUCCCUCUUCAUGAAAACCAAGACAGUCUCUCUGCAGGAACUCCAGCAGGACUUUGAAACUGCUCCCUCAACUGACCCCAACAAUAACCAAGCGCCUGCAGGGGAUGCCAACAUAUCCUACAUCACCUUCAGCCCAAACACCUUGGCAGCUGCCCCGUGUGAGCCGCCCACCUCCGCUCAGCCCCCCAGGGAGCCUAGUGACACGCUAGCCAGCGUCCCGCCCUUUGUCACCUUCCACACUCUCAUCCUCGACAUGAGUGGAGUCAGCUUCGUGGACCUGAUGGGCAUCAAAACCCUAGCCAAGCUGAGCUCCACCUACGGGAAGAUCGGAGUCCAGAUCUUCCUGGUGAACAUCCAUGCCCAGGUGUACAAUGACAUCAGCCAUGGAGGAGUCUUUGAAGAUGGGUGUGUCCAGCGCAAUCACGUGUUCCCCAGCAUCCACGACGCGGUCCUCUUUGCCCAGGCGAAUACCAGACAAGCCCCAGCAAGCAGCUUCCAAGGGGCUCCGGGAGACACUGAGCUCUCCUUGUGUGAUUCCGAAGAGGACGGUCCCAGCUAUUGGGACUUAGAGCGGGAGAUGUUCGGGAGCAUGUUUCACACAGAGACCCUGACUGCCCUUCUGACUCCCCCCCCCCCCACCUUCCCUGUCUCCCUGGGAGAGAGCCAUCUCAGCCUCUGCAUCUGGAAGAGCCUGUCCAGACAAGGAUUGGCAAGGAUGAGAGCCUGGUGGACCCACCUCAUCACCCUUCCCUUCCCACUCAAGCCUGGGCCAUCAGUAAGCUCAUUCUGCCCAUCUACUCACGCCCCACCCAUGGCAGCCGAUGGACACCUUGACUUCCCCUUAAGAGUGAGCCAAGGACGGAAAGAUAAGAGCAACUGUCCAGAGCUGGAGUGCAGUUCAGACGGGUCUGUGGCCUGGGUGGUCUGGCCUCGGAGGGUCUCAGGCUGUCAUGGGACACAGGGAUGGACUGGGUUAGAAUGUUGACCCUUGUCCCUCCAAUUGCCUUAUAGUUGUCAGCCUUGUGCCUCAAAGACACGGUACUACCCACAA